UCUUCACGAAGUAAUGGCGGACAACUUGAAAAGGGUGGCAAUGUCCACACCAAAGUCCUCCAGAGGCGGAGGUGUCAGGUGCAGUCUGCCUGAUGACCCACGCCCAAUUUCACCAGAUAUGUUUGGGGACAGACUUCUCAAAUCAUCCCCAUCCUUACAUCAGAAAUCUCAGCUGAAUAACAAACACCUAAACAUCUCGGGCAAACCCAUGUUCAUGGAGAAGAUGGUGUUUGGAAGCCCCUCGUACCCCUCCCCACUGGAUCGGGUGCGCACGGGGCGCAGGGACCGGGCCUUACAGAUGGGGAUAGCUGCCAGCAGAGAAGAGUCCUUCGAAGCCAAUCAGUCCUUCCCCAAGGUCACUAAGUCAAAACUACAGCCUGAUAUACCUGCCACACCAGUCAACCUUAACAACUUUCAAUGUGAUGGUUUGAAUGAUGUCAGCUUUUCUCCGGGACUCUGCAAGGGGUCAUUUGCGGCAACCCCUGACCCUUACUCAAGUGGCAUGUCACUAAACCAGAGCUGGUCAUUCUACAACUACAUCGGGGGUGGUCAGUCUGGCAUGGCCUUCCCUACCACUGUGAGGAACCCAAACAAGGCCAUCUGUACCAUAGAUGGCAAUACGUCCGAGAUCCUAGUGGCGAAUGAAAUGGCAUGUGAGUUGUUUAGUUACGAGCAGGAUGAGCUUCUUGGGAGGAGGCUCCGAGAUCUCAUCCACCUGAAGCCCCGUGACCAGCAGACCAUGGUGGAGUCUCACCUCGAGUUGAAUGGAGAACUCAUUGACAUCUCAGGCAAAGUGGUGGAUGUAGUGGACAGUAAUGGACUUAUCCUCCCUGUGUCAAUGUGGGUGAAAAAGCUGGAGGUCCUGAAGGACCCAAGAUGCCUGUGUGUCAUGGAGCCUGUUGAGAGAACUGUUGCCACGGUCAAGUUUGAUACAAAGGGCUGCAUUUUGGGCUGUGACCAGACCUUGGCUUCGCUGUAUGGCUUCCCAAACCCGGAGGAAGUUAGUGGGCUUCAUAUGAAGGAUCUGAUACCAGCCUUCAAAUGUCCUGUCUCCAGAUUGUCACUAGAUAAGGACACUCGGAAGCAGCGAGCCACAGGGAGGACACGCGAUGGGUCCAUGUUUCCCCUUAGUAUUGUGGUCAAACCUACGGAUGAGGAUCGAGACAGGAGGAACAUCCCCCCAGAUGAAAGAGAUGAAGUUGUGUUCACGGGUGUGGUAUGGGUGUUUGCCAAUAUCAGUGGGAUGAUCACCUUCCUGCCUGACGGCACCAUACACAGUGUCAAUGACAACUUCGCCCGCAUGCUGUUUGGGUACAGCCAGGAGGAGCUUGUGGGCAAGGACAUCUCCUGUCUGAUCCCAGACUUCUACGACAUCCUUGACCUUGACGAUGGGGAGGAAGAUGUAAUACCAAUGAAUCUGAAACCAGAUAUCUUGCAGGGGAAACUUGAAACGCCACUGAAAGUGAAUGGAGAGAGGUGUGAUCUUCUCAAGGAGCUGUGUGUGCACAAACCAGGUGUCACCUCCACACCCAGAAUACCUACAGAGACAUCAGAACACAGGCAAGAGGACACAAAGGAUUCCAAAAUGGCAGUAGAAGGAUGCAGUAAUCGAAACAACAGUCAGAAUGGGGAAAUUGACAAGGUGUUGAGUGAAAUGGACAAGCUUGAUAUCAGUAGUGCUAAAAGUGUCAAGUCUCCAGGAGAACCAGUAGAGGACCUCAGUGGUUCUUACCUAGAAGAUAAAGAUGUGUCUAGUUUGAGUGAGAGCACAGAGGAAGUUCUGUCUGCUACACCCCCACAGGUCGACUUUGAUAAGUUCACGGAUAAUGACAGUUGUAUUUCUGAAGAUUCACAGCGAGUAGAGAGCAGUCAGGAUCGAUACAAUGGGGAUAUCAGCAAUGAAAUUGACACUAGUGGAGACGUGCUGGCCAUGUCAUCCGAGAAAGGAAUCAAUUGCCAAAAACGCAAACAAAAAGACUUGCUCUUUGAGCUUCAGAAACAAAUAUCUAGGAAGCAUGAAAUGAACAAUGGAGACUCAAGUUCCAGCUCUGCUGAAGGAUCAUAUUCUCAGUUUGGGGAACAGAUUACGAAUCUGCUGCCUUUGUAUAUGAAUAAGACACUAGAUUCAACUAGUGAUACUCACCUAGAUGAAGAGUCAAGUUAUUUCAGUCGCGAUGGUUUAGAAUCUCACCCAAGUUCGGACUCGAGUGGCUCUGCAAAGUCUGCCCUUAGCAGACUGAGUGGCAAAGGUUGUGAUGACAAGCCUCACCAAAUGUCUGGUCAGGUCAGGGACAAAACAUCUAAUAGCUACAACAGCAACAACAGUAACAACAGUUUCAAUGCCCGUCCAUCUUCUCGGCAAUCGGGCACACAGACCUCAUACACAGAGGGUCCCAGCCAGAUACCUGAGGGCAGUUUCACUGGACAGUGUCGACAUAAAGAUGGACACAGGCUAGGUAUCAUAUUCCAACUGAAGCGAGUGGAGCUGAAUGAUGGACAGUUUGUGUACUGUAUGUGGACGUCCCGAGACCCAGAAGAGCCGGGGGAAGGAGGGAGGUCUUAUGCCAGUCUCACCCUCGCCUCCAGUCUCAACAGCACUCUUGAUAAAUCUAAUAUGAGUCUCGGAGAGUUGUUGACAGACAAGGCAAACUCUGAGUCCAAGACCAACAUCCUAGAUGACAUGGAGGACAUGGAGGAUGCAGUGGAGGAGGACAAGGAAGUGGUUGACAUGCUCGGCUCAGGAUUGUAUGAUGAAAUUUACGACACACAGGAUUGUAUUGGGAAGGGAGCAUUUGGCUUUGUCAAGCUGGGCUGUAGGAAGAUGGACAAGGAGGAGGUGGUAGUGAAGUUCAUCCGAAGGGGUAAAGUGUUGAAGGACUGCUGGGUGUUUGAUGAUGCUCAUGGCCGUAUACCGAUGGAGGUCAGCCUGCUGCUCAAGUUGAACCACCCCAACAUUGUCAAGGUGAUAGACGUGUUCCAGAAUGAGGAGUUUGUGCAGAUGGUGAUGGAGAAGCAUGGCAGUGGGAUGGAUCUGUUUGAGUUUAUUGAUCGCAACCCGACCAUGGAUGAGCCACUGGCCAGCUACAUCUUUAGACAAAUGGUUGCUGGUGUUUCGUAUCUCCACAGCAAGAAUAUUGUACACAGAGACAUUAAGGAUGAGAACAUCAUUGUUGAUGAGAGGUUUCGUAUCAAGCUGAUAGACUUUGGUGCUGCCACCUACAUGAGAGGCGAGAAACUAUUUGGUACAUUUUGUGGAACCCUGGAGUACUGCAGUCCUGAGGUGUUGCUAGGAAACAAAUACCGAGGUCCAGAGCUUGAGAUGUGGUCUAUGGGGGUGACACUCUACACACUGGUGUUUGGGGAGAAUCCGUUCUUCGAUGUCGAAGAGACAAUACAGUGUAAACUCAAACCACCAUUUGGUGUUUCCAGAUCUCUGAUGUUCCUGGUGACGUGGAUGCUGCACCGGGGACCCAGUGUGUCGAGCCACCAUCAAGGAUGUGGAGAGGAAUGCCUGGGUGAAGCAGGAGGUGGACAUCCAGCAGUACAAGUGGGAGGAGGUGCUGCCCAACUCAGAGUUCCAUGGCAACAACGCAGCUGACAACCGCCCCGACUCCCCCUCAGACCUGCCUCCAGCUAAUGUCCCAGGAUUCAAACCCUACCAACCUGACAGUGAUGAUUCUGAUCUGCAGGAGAAACUCAAGGAAGUGCUGGAGAUUGACACACCCUUCACAACGGGAUAUGUCUGAGACAAUUCCACAUCACAGAAUGUCUCUCAUUCAUGUAGGAACACUUCUCUAUCAAGGAACAGACCUGAGUCAGUCACAUUACGCCACAGAAUUUGUCUCUGUCAAUCAUGUAUGAACUCUUCAAGUUCAAGGAACAUGCCUGACUCACACUACAACACUAAAUGACUGAGUCAAUAACUACAUCACAAAAUAGGACUAGGACUAGGAAUCAGUCACACACAUGUUUACACAACAUCACAUAUUAUAUCACACAAGCUGUAUACAGACACAAAACAUAAUCUGUCAUUCAGGCAUUUCAUUCAUCACAAAACUUAUCUAAUGUUACAAUACAACAAUGACAGACAUUUCAUCUUGGUGCUUGAGGAAUUGUUCAUGAAACAAAUGUUAGUCAUUUUAGUUAACUGCCAGUUGAAUCAGUCAGUAUCUUACAAAUAUAUAUUUUUAUUCACUACAUAUUUUUGUAAGUUUUCUACCAGUCAUCAUUGAUUUAUUCCUUUUUAAAGUAUGGAAAAAGUCAGAAUAUUAAGUGUUGUGUUGUCUGAAACAAGUAAGUCUCUGGUUGUGAUGUUCUCUGAUUCUCUCCACAACCAUACAGACAACUCGACUUGUAUGGAAAUGCCUUAAAACAUAAAAUCUGCCCACAGUAAUGUUAACCUAGUUCAGAUAAUCCAUGACAUGAGUAACUAGUCUUGAAUUGGUUGGCUAAUACCGGGUACUAGCAUUGACUCUGAGAAGUGCUGAACACUUUAUUGUCAAAGUUAAGUAUUUCCUGUUAGUAUGGUUGAAAUGCCGAGAGAGACCUUACAGCGUGUGGUAUGGCAGCAAAGAUGCUAGUUGUCCGCACUACGGCUGAUGUUACACAUAUUGUGUUUCAGCUGCUGGUUAGUACACAGUUACAGUGUGUGGUAGGACAGCAAAGAUGCUAGUUGUCCGCACUACGGCUGAUGUUACACAUAUUGUGUUUCAGCUGCUGGUUAGUACAAAGUUAUGGUUUUGUCACUUUUUUAAACAGAAACUCUAACCAUGACCAUACGCACCUUUUGUAGAAAUUCUUCAGAACUCCGAAGUAUUACGCAAAUACUCAUAAAACAGGAGAUGGUUAUAUGAAUUAUUGUCAUGUCUAUUUGUAUGAUGGCCUCAUUUUUUUGUCUUACUUAUUUGAUUGCACUGGAAAGAAUUUUGUCCCAGUGUUUACAUUGUAGUCUUCUGCUUUUGUCAGCAGGGUGGUUUGGGAAGUAAGAUGAUCUGUAUUUAACUGUAUAGUAUAAUACAUACACCAGACAAUUGUAAUUGAAUAUAUAUGCCAGCUUCUUAUGUCAGAUGAGCUGUCAUGAGGUAGGCCAUUAAACCAGUGUAGUUAUACUGUCAGGAAGGUCACAAAACACAGUGUUAUGGAACAUUGACCUCUUUUCAUUUGUGAAUAAUGAGCUUGUCUUUAACAGUUGCAUGUUAGUUCCUGCAGGAAAAAAUGAAUUGAAAUUUGUACAAAGUUUUUAAAGAAUUCUGUUAUGUAUCUGUGAUUGAGAUUUGUGAUAUGUUUGAUGUCCUUGGUGGCUACUCCAAUUACUGUGACUUUUUUAGUUGACUUAUCCAGACCUGUGUCUCUUGUGAUGCUCAACAAGUCUCUGUUUUAUCUGUAGCAUGGGGUUUUAUCCAGUUAUAGGAAGAGGUUGCUAUUGAGUGUACCGCUGUCUGUGGUGAAAUCAGCCCCUAUGAUAAUCGUGACUCCCAUACAGUAUCGUAGACAUGUGACAGUUGUAGCACUAAGGUUGUGUUGUACAGCUGCACCCAGGACGUUAUUAUUCUUGGACAGUAUAACCAGGUGUGGUAUUACUUCCACUGACCAUUGAUUGUGUCCCUCUGCAGUGCCACGAUCUUCUGUCUAGAUUGUAUCCCUAAAUAUGUACGGCAAGUGUUCAGUAAGCACUGAAAGUCAUGCCUGUGGGUUUCACUUUAAGGAUAAACAUCUAUGACAUUUUUCUUCCAAAAAGCUGACAGUUUGUGACAUGACUGAAAUAGUGAGGAAUAAAACGUGUACAGCCUUGUCGAAAAUGAAAGUGGAUGUUCUAAACUUUAGGUGUUCAUUAUUCUUAAACAAAUAUGAAUAUGAGCCUCACUUAUCUAGGAUUCUUGGCAUUGUAGGGAAGUGUAUGUAUCAGUUGGAGUUAUCCUAUUGCAAGUGUGACAUUUGGGUGAAAGAGUUGAAUACAUUUCAUAACUAGGUCUCAGAUUAUUUGUCAAUUUUGAUUGAUUUAAUUUCAAUUAUGGGGAUACAAACUGAAUUGAAACCCUAUCAGUGGCCAUGUGUGAAAGUAGUACCACAGCCAUGAAGAUGGGGGUUUAUUGUUGAUAUGUACCUGUCAUGUGAAUACACUCACCAAAUGUUAUGUUACUAGGCACUAUGUAUACUUAUUACUGGUAGAGGCAAAGGGAUUGUAUGAGUUGUAUUGAUCACAGUAUUGUCCACUAACAUAUGUGGGAGUUUCACGUUAUUGACCGUUUACCUUUUCAAUGUUUACCAGCAUUAAAAUUGACAUGAACAGUACCUCACAUAUAUAUUAAGACUAGGCCCUAAUUGAAAAAAUCCGAUUUUCAUCCCAAGGCAGCAGACAACAAAACCAUUCUUUACUUGAUAAAAUACACCUUUACGUAGUCCUACCAAACAUUGGAGCUGUGUGUGAAUUAAAACAAGAGUUAAUGUACACAGAUGUCUUGAACUGUUAGUUCAAAGAAAAAGAUAAAAUGUUUGCUGUCAUCCUAAUUUUUAUUAAAAACCUUGGAUAAAAACCUUGAUUGUGUCCUAAUGUUGUGGGGGUCUCUUUUGCGUGUAUCCCAGCUAUACAGUACCUCCAAUAAUCCUAGUAAUGUAUCUAUUAAGUGUACAUCUUGCAAGAUACUUCAGAUAAUUGUUAAUCUGUGUAGUACCUAUAUAUGUCAAGACACUGUAAACUUAUCCUAUUGCAUAAUCCAGACUAAAGCUGUUAGCUCACCUGAACAAGGCCCAUGUGAAAUUGUGUCAACCAUCAGCCUUUCUUGUAUUAACCUAUUAGAAACUUGACUGGUGGGGUAGCCUAGUGUUUGAUCCUUACGCCAAUGACCCAGGUUCGAUUCCCCACAUGGGUACAAUGUGUUAAGUCCAUUUCUGGUGUCCCCGCUGUGAUAUUGCUGCAGAGGUGCCAACUCAUACGAUUUUAUCGUAUUCGUUACGAAAAAAGCAACACAAAAUAUGUGACUAUGAUAGCAGUAAAAACAUACAAAAAUUUUAAAAGAUUACAUGAAAUUAAAUUAUCAAAUAGCAUAUGUACCAUACACAAUAAAUUGCAAACACCUUUUAUUCAGUAUCAAGGUAUAUGUGGAUACUUACUACUGAUUUAGGCGAGUACACUGUUAACAAGUUCUUAAAAUAUCUAUCAAUUCUUUAUUUAAUAUGAAAAUUCUUUGGAAAGUUUAAUACUAAUUUUGACCAAAAAAUAUUUAUUUUUGCAUAAGUUUGGGCCAAAAUACUAAUUGUGCUAAAUUAGGGUUGGCAUCUUUGUUGCUGGAAUACUGCAAAAUGCAGAGUCAAACCUCACUUGUUCACUCACUCACCUGUCAGAAACUGACCUCGUAUCUACUUAGAAUAUUCAUAUUUUGACUUGUGUUGAAAAUAUUCAUAAGUUCAGGUGAGCUAUAGGGCCCAUAGCAAAUAGAGUUGUUUUCCAGCUUAUUGAUACUCAUGACCACAUGCCAAUAUGUACAAUGACCUGUGCUGGUGUAUUGGAUCAGAUAAAAUAACAAUGGAUGUUCACAGAUUGCAGUCAAUACUCAUCACUUUGGUCACUUUUCAGCCCUCAUGCAACCAGAGACCACAUGUACGGUCCCUCAUGCAGCGUAUUCUAAGGCUAACUGUUACCCAGUUUAUUAAGUUCAAUUUCCAAAUCGCGAGAAGCAUGGUAUAAAAAUCACUAUUUGACAAUCCUCCAUAUGAUAUAUUUGCAUCAAUUAUGAACUGACUUCGUAUAUGUGGAAUCCCACUGUAACCAUGACAGCCAAUGUUACUGACCCUGGUUAUUCAAUGACAGUGAAACUGUCAAUAUUAUUGAAACCUUAUGGAGAAAUCCUAAAGACAAGAUUGGAAGCAAACCUUGUUUAGGCAUGAGUUAAAUGUGAGAUGGUUGAUAGUGUAUGUUAUCAAGGUUACUGGUCUAAAAAUAUUUGAAGUUUGGUGGGUUUGUUUAAUGAAGUUUAUUGGGUUGAUCUUCCAUAUUGUUAAACACAAUGUUCCUGUGUAUUUGGUUCCCUAUUUUGAAAGGAUGGCACUGUGUGUCCACAUCAAUAAUACAGCCUUCCUAUUCAUGAACCACCAACCAACCUCCCACCAUGAAAACUCCAAAAUAUAUACUCCUGGGUAACUUAUAUACUAGUACCUAUCUAUGCUGCAAUCAGGAGUGAAGAACAUCAACACUGCCAUAAUUCUGAUUAUAUGGAAAUAGCCAUGAAUGAAGAAUAAAUGAAAUUACAGUUUUUGUUGCUGUUACUUUAGGCUAGAAAUUGGGUUGAUGUGGCAAUAUGUUUAGGGAUUCUGUGCUUUGUUUUGUUCAACCAGCUUUUUGGUGCUAUUGUUUGAGUGGAAAUAAGGCAAAUGAGACAGUUGUUUUUAUGCACUUUACACAUUGGACAAUGAACCAGUUGUGCAACAAAGAAUUCUUUAGUUUGAAAUCAUAUGUACCUUCGUAAAUCUGCGACUGCCAGAUCUGGAAGUAAUUGUAGAAUGUACAAAAUGCUGACCAGUUCCUUCACAAGCCGAACAAGAUGGAUCACUUUUUGUGGGUAAUAAAAUUAUUGUUGAUUGGGAACAAAUGAAUUUUUGAAAGGUACUUUUGUUUAAUGAAAUAUUAUGUAAAAAUGAUGAAGACGUUAAGCUAAUUUGAUGGAUUUUCCCAUUUUCUGAAUGUUAUUGUUUUAAUUUGUACAUCAGAUGAAAUGAAAUUUAUUACAAAAGAAAAAAUAACUUCAGUCUGUGAAUCUGUCAUUGUGUCAUUGCUAGCUUCAGUAUGCUGUUUUAACUUAUUGCCAUGAGCAUAAUUGUAUAUUUCAGAAAUACAUCUUAAUGUGAA